CUCAAGGUUACAGCUAUUAUAUCUGUGUGGUGCUAAAAACCUGUUGAAUCAUUUUCUGAAUCAUGUGGGAGAUUGCCGCAAAAAAAACAUAACAAUAAGCGAAGUGAACUAUCAACUGAAUGCAAACAGCAUUCUUUCCACUGGCUCAUUAUAUAGGCAGACAAUACGGAGGGAAGUAAGAACUAGGUGUUUUCGCAAUGGCGUUAUUGUUUUCUGUAGAAUGCUUUCAAAUUUGCCGCCUUGGUGUCGCGAGGCAUCGGUGCAGCCGAUUCACUGCAAGCGCACUAUUCCCCAUUCGCACGCGAGUUAAAAAAGCGAUGUGUUAAAACCCAGCGUUGGCGAGCGUAGCGUAUAGUAUAAAGUUGAAUGAAGGUCUAUUUCUAAUUCCCAAAAUUGAAAAUGCAACAGUGCUAAAAAAGCAUCGUGUUUUAAAAACGCUGUCGUGUGAACAUAUCCUUGAGAAUGCAUUUGUUGUGUUUGAACGCUUUUUUUAACGGCCGUGAGUAAAAAAACUCUCGUGCGAAUAAGGGCUAAAGGCAUCGGAAACCAACAAACAUUUGACUUUGCUUGUCAACCAAUGUUUGAUAAACGCUUUCAACAAAGCCGUAAAUUAUUUGACAAACAUAUUAUUAAAUCGUUUCCAAUCGCUUUACUUGUUCCUAUGAAUUUUGUUACGUCUGUAGGUUACGUAAAGAACAUUCCAAAAAAAAAUCUAAAUUUCCACCUUUAAUGUCUUUUAAACAUGAUCCCUGUUUCCCUUUACACCGAAGUAAGCCUUUUCGUGUUUUAACCAAUAAUCCCCCAUCCCCUCUGACUAAGCGAAAUCUUGUGCUAGGGAUGUACCUACACUAUAAUAGUAUAGGAUCCUAGACCUUACAAAUUUUAGUUCAGCCUCACCCUUAGUGUUGUAACAAGUCGUCAAUUUGACUUUUAGCUUGAUUUGCAUACUCGUAAUAUUAGAUGUAUGCUAGCCACAAACGGUCAAUUAUUCUCACGUUUCUGUAGCACCCACGACUAUAAUUGAUCGUGUGUUGGUCACUGCGUACAUGACUUGUAUAGUAUGCCGCGUGGGUACUGCCGUUUGCUUUCCAGGAACGUGAGAAUAAUUGACCGUUUGUGGCUAGCAUUAGAUAAAAAUAUAAGUUUUUGAUAUAAGAAUCAUUCUAGUUACAAAAGUUGUAAUUACUCUUCAAUUUUAAAACACAAGUGGUGUUUAUCGUUUUGCUGUAAUUUGAAAUUUAUCGCUUUUCGUACUGGUUAUUUUAUUUAUAAUGUUAUGAUCAAUUACACAUUCUGUGCAAAUAAUUUUUAUCAGUCAUUUGAGAGCUACGCAACACACGCCAAAUUCAUUCUUGAUAGGCGGUGAAUCAUGUUCCUAUUUGUGGAUUUCUCUGACGUCGAAACCACAAAUUUAAUUGUGGUCAAACGAAUUAUAAUAUAGUAAAUUAUCACUAUUAGUCAUACAUUUAUAAUGCAUACAAAUCUUACCUGAGUAACCUGUUGUAUAUCAAAAAAGAUUAAAAAAAACCGUGUGGCAGUCGAGGACUGCCGUGGUAAAGCAUAGAAUUUUUAAAUUUAGAUAGAAGCAGGCGUUACUUUGCGAAAGUUCAUCAUGAUUAUUAUAAUGAUUUAUUUAUUUUGCUAUCCUCCGCGAAAAGCCGACGAACCCAUGCGACAACGUCACCCAGGUCCGACGAAAUACUCUCUACGUACGUUUCACACCGAAACCGGAGCAUCCUCAGGAGAUGUUGACUGUACAACGUGCAAUUGCACGUUGAAUAGAAUUUUUUGUCAACUUAUGCAAUUAUAAUUAUUUAUUUAUUUUAUUUACGCAGUAUUUUUUUUUCUUUAGAAAAUAAUAAAAAAUAAAAGAAUAAAUAAUACGUUCAGCUGAAUCGUACUCUGGUUUAAUUAAAAAGUUUGCCCCUUAGUUUCACAGCACUUGUCCAGUUGAGUCGAUAUGACAACGUCGAAAUGCGUUAACUUGAUGUACGGCUUGGGUGUUAGGUUUAUUUUCGUUACGGAAUUUCUUGAUUCGGUCACCGCGCUCAAAGCCUGCGAUAAAAGCUAUGCAAUAGCUUUUUAAUAAACAAUUAUUUCAGACCCUCUUCCUCACUACUGAUGAUUGGGUAAAGUUUAAAAAAAAUGGAUUAAAAUAAUUAAUAUCUAUGUACUUAAAUUAUCGGUUGUUUUUUGAAUGGUUGUUAUUUGAAAAAAUAUGGUAGAAGGUUUCAAGGACUCUGUACCCUUGAAACCUGCUACCUUCCAAAGCCACCACAGUCAAAAUUCCAUAGUUAGCUACUUAUUUAUUCACCUAUAGACUGUUGAACUUUCAGUCUCCUAAAAUUAGAUGUCGGGCUAUCGCAAGCCCUCGGUCUAUAAAGAAAUUGGUUGACGAUGACAUCGCACUAACCGGCCAACCGAAUUCCAACUGAAACGGAUCAAUAAAAUACCUACAAUGACACUCGUUUUGCCAUAAAAACAUAGUCUGUAAUGGCAGGCGUCCACAGAUCCUCAUCGGACGCAUCGCUCAAACGGAUUUUAGUAUUCUUACGGAUCUUAUCUAUCGUAAAAUUAAAAAUCCGUUUGAUGCGGUGCGUGCGAUUCGUACUAUGCGGAUCUGUGGACGCCUACCAUUAGGGCGUUCGGACAAAGUAAUACGUCAGACUCGUAAUCUCGUAUUGCGAACGCUUGCAACGACCUUCAAGGUUGCAGAGAUAUGGAACUGGUUUGGUGACUUGUCUUAGACGGCACUCCUUUGUUCACAGCCAGCCACACACGGUCAAGCAUACCGUCAUGUCUGCAGCGCGUUUAGGGAUGUGGGUAAUGAAAAAAUAUGGAAAUAGCGUUAUUGGGUUUCGAUAUUUUUUUUUCACACUGUCUUUUCUACAGACUUGAUACGUAUACUUGAUCUUGUGUAGCUGGCUUAAGUAAAAGUCUACAAAUACUUAAAUACUUAUAUUGUAAAGUAAGAAAAUUGUACACUAUGAAACGAAAACGCGUAUUAAGUUGUAAGCCUAUCUUCUUUACGGAAUAAUGCAAAUACAAAGUCAGAAGGUGUUAUAUAAUAUUUUAAGUAUUUAUGGUUCCGUACAUACCUCAAAUGGAUAAUAAUAAGUAUAAGUAAUAUAAAAAGAAAAAAAAAAUCUAUUAAAAAAAAAAAAAAUUGUAUUACUAAUUUGUAUGAAAUAAAUAAAGACUUUAUUAUUAUUAUUAUUAUUAUUAUUUACAUACCUCAAAUGGGCCCUUAUAGGAUCACUUUGUUGACCGUCUGACUGUCUGCAUGUCUGUCUGUUAAUCCUUAACUCUUCCAAGCCCACUACCAUCUUAGACUCAACAAUGAGGGGCUGUCCGCACUGGGGAAUACUUAUACUAUAGCCAUACUUGAUGUGUAGGUAGUGCUUACACAAACAAAUUAGAAAUGAAGGUAGAAAAUGCAUGUCAUUUCAUCAUUGACAACCCAUAUUCGGCGCUCAGUUAAGCACGAGUCUCCAGUCAGAAUGAGAGGGGUUAAUCGCGGCAAUGGAACGAGUUGAAAUUAAAACCAUAUACUCUACAGUCUAUGGAAGCUAUUUAAAAUUUCUAAGUUAACGUAAAAAUAUUACACGACCGAUAAUGCCACAAAUAACUAUGAAAGACAAGUAAUAUCGUCUUAUUCCUACUACAAGUAUGGAGAAAAAUCUAAGAACUAUAUUAUAUUUGUAAAAACAGGGUCCUUAUGCGCAAGUACUUGUACGGAACCCUCGGUGGGUUAGUACAACUUGCACUUGUCCUUUUAAAGAAUUUGAAUACACGUACAUUAAUAAUACCUAUUAAGCUACACCACAGUAGAUAUAACAAGCAGUAUAAUAACUCGGCCGUAUUUUUGAAAUAAAUACCUACAGCCGCGCGCUCCGUAAACAUGUGAUAGGGCUGCCCGCCUCCAGCAUUUUAAUUACAUUUGCCAACUUUGUGUUUCCAUUUAGUUAUGUGAUUGUAAAUAUACUUUUUUUUAAAUAAACAAAUAAAAUACUUUGUAAAUUGUAGUAAAAUAGGAAGUUAUCAAUAAAAUGCGUGUUGUUUUUUGAUUGGUAGAUUUAAAUAAGGCUGAUACUAAUCAAUGAUCUUGAAGGACGUUCAUAUAUUUAUUUUGGUGAUGCCAUCUAGGUAUUACCACCACACUAGGUGACCAAAUAAUAAAAAAUCGAUCAAGUGCGUUUCGGGCCACGCGCAGUGUAGGGUUCCGUAGAUUAUGUUAGCACUUUAAUCCCUUAUGUAAUGCACAAAAAUACCGAUAACGAUACCCCCACACUAUAGAAUAGACGAUAAAAAAAUUGAUCCUGACUUGGCAUGUAGGGAAGGAACUACAAAAAACAAAUUGAGAUUGACCGUGUUCGCUAGUAGUUUAAUAAAAAAAAUCUAGAUAGGUAUAUUAAUAUCAGCUGGCUCUUUACUCUUUUUAUUCAAAUACAUUAAAGUAUGAGCAACACAAUAAUGUUGUUAAAUUCAAACAACUUCUUUACUUAACUUCUUUAUUACAUUAAAAUACCGGUAUACAAAACAUACAUGUCAUAAGAUUUAAAUCUAUGUAUUACAUAAUAAUCAAAGAAAACAACCUAAAUGAAGAAGUUAAUAAAUAAUUAUUUAAUAAUAUUUUAUUUAUUACCGUUUACGUCAUUUACCUAUUUACACAAUUUUAUCAUUUAAGCAUUUAUUUAUAUAUAUAUAUUUUUAAUUAUGCCUUUAGAAUACAAAAUAUUAAUCAAACUUUAUAAAAAUAAACUUUUUCCUAGUCGUCAUAAUUAAAAAAUUCAAUACACUGCGUUCGUCACCGCGGCACAGUCGCAACGGUCUUCACCCCACGAUUACCCCACGUACGAGGUGCGUAGGUAUAGCUCGCGUUUCGACCUUUAGUAUGAAGUCCAACUACUGGUUAUACUGUGGUUACACAUACAAAUUCUAUUUAUUAUUCUUGCAUAAGUAGGUAUUUCUUACGAUUAUUAUUAAUGACUAGCCGAGGCUCGCAGUUUCACUCGCUUGGUUCCCGUUCCCGUGGGAAUAUGGAGAUAAAAUAUAGCCUAUGACACUCACAAACAACGUGGUUUUCUAUUGGUAGAAGAUUUUUUGAAAUUGGUUCUGUAAAUUCAGAGAUUACCCUCUACAACCUUACAAACACACAAACUCACGAACUUCACCUCCUUACAAUUCAGAUGAUUGAGCUUGAUAAGUGGAUCUCAUAUACAUAACUAUAUUUACGACUAGUGGACGACCGCGACUUCGUCCGCCUUUAGACCUUACAGUAAGAACUCGCUGUAAAAAUGGAGUAGCUUCUCCCGUUUUCCCAACAUUUCCCUUCACUGCUCUGCUCCUAUUUAUCGUAGCGUGAUGAAAAGUAUACUUUAACUUGCCCAGGAGUAUGAAGGAUACCAAAUUGUACCAAAUUUCGUUAAAAUCCGUAGAGUACUUUUUGUUUCUAUAACGAACAUACAGACAGACAGACGAAAAUUUUACUGAUUGCAUUUUGGCAUCAUUAUCGAUCACUAAUCACGCCCUGAAGAUUUUGGAAAUAUAUUUUAUGUACAGAAUUGACUUCUCUACAGAUUUAUUAUAAGUAUAGAUAUAGAUAUGUCAGCCACUGGCGAUCAAGUAAUCUCACAUGCCUGCAGCGCUAUCAGCAUGAUGUCAUGCAAAUCGCGACAACCACACGAUCAGUUUUAUCGGUUGUCAAGCCGUGAAUAUCGUUCCAUAACCUCUUCGAGUUCAACUCUCACUUGAUUCGUUUUUUUUAUUAUACGGGCUUAUUUUUUUAUUUAAAUUAAAAUCCUUUUAUAAAAAAGUUAAUAUAUAAAUAAAUAAAAAGUCUCCAAUCAACUGCUGAUAGGUUUAAGUUUUGCUUUUUAAUUGGCUACAUUUCAUUCAUUUAAAAGUAGCAAGUCGCAAUUGACCGGUCUUUCCUAGUAAUAUCUGCCUACUAGGUAAGAAAAUAUAACGAAAUGAAUGUUUUUGUGAUUAAUUAAUGUUUAAUGGUAAUAUUCCCGUGUAAUCUAUAUAUUAUCGUCAUCAACGCAUAUAAAUAGAACUGAAGUGUCUGUAUGUGAUUCCAAAGUAACUGUAUGUUUUCAAGUGCUUAUAGAUAUAUACAGGAUACCAAACCAAAACAAGUUUUUUAAAUAAAAAUGUGUUUUUGUUUGUCUGAGUUAAUCUUUGGAACGGCUGAACCAGUUUUAACGGGACUUGCUUUGGAAGAUAGAUGAAGUUGUGGAGAAACAUAUAGGCUACUUUUUUCCCGAAAAAAUACACGGUUCCCGCGGGAUUUGUGAUAAACUAAAUUUCACGCGAACGAAGUCGCGGGCUUCCGCUAGUUUAUAUAAACGAAAUGUUUCUUCUUGCUAUUUGUAGUAUCAUUGUGUAGAAAUGCCCUUUCCCUAGAUAAUCUAUUAUCCAGAUUCAAAGAAAGAAUCUAGAAGAGAUUUAAUUUAAAAAAUGUUUAUUUUGUGUUUAAGUAAUUUCUUACAAUAUGAUGAAGGGGACUGCAAAACUGUUAAACAAUUGCCAUAGUGUCAAUAAAAUUGUGAUUCGGUGAGUAAACAAAACACAACAACUAUGCCGUAAGCCAUUAUUAUAAUGUCUCUAUUAUCAUAUAUUUUCGUUUAUAUUUGAAUAAUAACAUUUUUAUUCCCUAGUGAUUUUUUAAAUUGAUUUUCAGAAGUUGGUGUCCGGUUAGUAGCGUUUCAAAUAAUGUAAAUGUCUUAAGCAGAAGAGAUGCUCACUCUACGAUUGACACUAAAGAUUUUUUCCAUGGACCAAAUGGCAAAUUUAGAGCACUUCAUUUAUGGAACUAUUUACGAUUACCUUUUAUAAGAGAUGGUCUUGUAGAUGUAGCGCCUGGUGAAAAGUUCUCUACUUGUCUGAAAGGAAAGAAAAUCCUAGAUGUAGGUUGUGGAGCAGGGAUUCUCUCAGAGAGUCUGGCUAUGUACGGAGCCGAAGUUAUUGGAAUAGACUCGAGCAAACAAGUUCUUGAUAUAGCUGUAGACCAUAGCUCUAAAAACAAACGCUUGGUCAGUAAUAAGCCUACGUACAUUUUAUCUACAAUCGAGGAUCACAGUACUACAAACCCUGACUUCUACGACGCAGUCGUAGUGUCCGAGGUCAUAGAGCACGUUGCUCAAAAGGAACUGUUCGUAGAAUGCUGUGUACGCGCCACAAAACCGGGUGGAAAACUAUUCUUUACGACGCCCAGUAGAACCCUUUACGCCCAGUUUACUUUAAUAUUUUUAGGUGAAAACGUUUGGCGAUGUUUUGCAAAGGGUGUCCAUAAAUACGACAGUUUGAUGACACCAGACGAAUUGAUAUUUAUGUUAGAAAUGAAUGAUUGCAAUGUGGAAGUUUUAAAGGGUUACAAUUAUUACCCAUGGGGGGAGUACUGGGCUUGGACUAAUCAUAAACUAUUCAGCUUUGCUGUGCAGGCUGUAAAGUCACAUAAUAACAAUGAGAAUGACUAAUUUCAACGUUGCGUAAUAUGCGUAUUUGAAUAAAAAACGCCUUCGCUAACUGUCUUAUAUAUUUCUAUAUUGUACUUCAAAACUAACAUUUGUCGUAGCAAAUUAAAUAAAUAUAAUUUUAUUAUUACUAUUUUAGUUUUUGUUUAUCUUACCUAUUUUAAUUGUUGGCGACCCCGCACUACGAGUAGAUGGAUCAAGCGGGUUGCAGGGAUCCGCUGGAUGCUGGCGGUUUGAGACCGUUAUGCUUGGAGGUCCAUGCAAGAGGCCUAUGUCCAGCAGUGGACGUCUAUCGGCUGAUAAUGACUGGUUUGGUGACUUGUCUUAGACGGCACUCCUUUGUUUACAACCAGCCACACACGGCCAAGCAUACCGUCAUGUCUGCAGCGCGAUGAAAAAAUAUCGUAAUAGCGUUAUGGGUAUGGUUUCGAUAUUUCUUUUCUUUACAGUCUUUUCUACAGACUUGAUACGUAUACUUGAUCGUGUGGCUGGCUAGCUGGCUUAAAUAGAAGUCCAUAAAUACUAAAAUAUUAUAAAAUAAGAGAGAAGUAACAAAACGGUACAAUAUGAAACGAAAACGCGUCUUAAGUUGUAAGCCUAUCUUCUUUCCGAAAUAAUGCAAAUACAAAGACAUAGGUGUUAUAUAAUAUUUCAAGUAUUUAUGGUUCCGUACAUACCUCAAAAGGAAAAUAAUGGAGCCCCUUAUAGGAUCACUUUGUUGACCGUCUGUCUGUCUGCCUGUUAAUCCUUAAUCGCGGAAACGUAACGAGUUGAAAUUAAAACCAUAUACUAACAGUUUAUGGAAGCUAUGAAAAAUUUCCAAGUUAACGUAAAAAUAUUACACGACCGAUCAUGCCACAAAUAAGUAUGAAAGACUAGUAAUAUCAUCUUAUACCUACUGCAAGUAUGGAGAAAAAUCCAAGAACUAUAUCAUAUUUGUAAAAACAGAGUCCUUAUGCGCAAGUAACGAAGUAUGAAUUGUACGGAACCCUCGGUGGGUUAGUACAACUUGCACUUGUCCUGUUUACGAAUUUAAAUACACGUACACAGCUUAAUUAAUAAUACCUAUUAAGCUACACAUACAAAUUCUUUUUAUUAUUCUUGCAUAAGUAGGUAUUUCUGACGAUUAUUAUUAAAGACUAGCCGAGGCUCGCAGUUUCACUCGCUUAGUUUCCGUUCCCGUGGGAAUACGGAGAUAAUAUUUAGCCUAUGACACUCGCAAACAACGUGGCUUUCUAUUGGUAGAAGAUUUUUUGAAAUUGGUUCUGUUAAUUCAGAGAUUACCCUCUACAACCUUACAAACACACAAACUCACGAACUUCACUUCCUUACAAUUCAGAUGAUUGAGCUUGAUAAGUGGAUCUCAUAUACAUAACUAUAUUUACGACUAGUGGACGACCGCGACUUCGUCCGCCUUUAGACCUUACAGUAAGAACUCGCUGUAAAAAUGGAGUAGCUUCUCCCGUUUACCCAACAUUUCCCUUCACUGCUCUGCUCCUAUUGAUCGUAGCGUGAUGAAAAGUAUACUUUAACCUGCCCAGGAGUAUGAAGAAUACCAAAUUGUACCAAGUUUCGUUGAAAUCCAUCGAGUAGUAUUAGUUUCUAUAUCGAACAUACUGACAGACAGACAAAAAUUUUACUUAUUGCAUUUUUGGCAUCAGUAUGGAUUACUAAUCACCUGAAGAUUUUGGAAAUAUAUUUUAUGUACAGAAUUGACUUCUCUACAGAUUUAUUAUAAGUAUAGAUAUAGAUAUGUCAGCCACUGACGAUCAAGUAAUCUCACAUGCCUGCAGCGCUAACGGCUUGACGUCCGAUAAAACUGAUCGUGUGUUGGUCGCGAUCAGCAUGAUGUCAUGCAAAUCGCGACAACCACACGAUCAGUUUUAUCGGUUGUCAAGCCGUGAAUAUCGUUCCAAACCCUCUUAAGCAAGUUCAACUAGCGCUUGAUUCGUUUUCUUUUUCUUUCAGUUAUACAGGCUUAUCUUUUUAUUUAAAUUAAAAUCCUUUUAAUUUAUAAUAAUUAAUCUUAAUUUAUACAUAAACAAUAUAAAAGGUCUCCAAUCAACUGCUGAUAGGUUUAAGUAUUGCUUUUUAAUUGGCUACAUUUCAUUCAUUAAAAAGUAGCAAGUCGCAAUUGACCGGUCAUUCCUAGUAAUAUCUGCCUACUAGGUAAGAAAAUAUAACGAAAUUAAUGUUUUUGUGAUUAAUUAAUGUUAAAUUCCCGUGUAAUUUAUGUAUUAUUGUCAUCAAUACAUAUAAAUAGAACUGAAGUGUCUGUAUGUGAUUCCAAAGUAACUGUAUGUUUUCAAGUGCUUAUAGAUAUAUACUAUACGCGAUACCAAACCAAAACAAGCUUUUUAAAAAAAUUUGUUUUUGUUUGUCUGGCUGAACCAGUUUUAACGGGACUUAAUAAUCUGCGUAGGUUUCUCCUGGACAAUGCGUUUUAUGACAUAAAUGAAUUUUUAACUUUGACAUUUUAAUAUAAAUUUAUUCUUUUGACAAUAUGAUGUAAAUUGAUUUUUGAUUCAUUUAUUUUUUAUUUGUAUUUUCUUUUUUUCAAAUUAAUUAAUAUUGUUCUUCUAUUCAUCAUUAAAAGUAAUUUCUGGAAUGAUAUAAUAUUUACUGUAAAUGUAACUAAUAUAAUAUUUUGCAUGCCAAUCGGGCGUGAUACAGAACAGAUUAUAUUUAUUUGUUAAGACCUUGUAAACUGUAUCAGCAAAUAAAGGAUUGUAUCUUUGUAUCUUUGAUUUGGAAGAUAGAGGAGGUUGUGUAGAAACAUAUAGGCUACUUUUUUCCCGAAAAAAUACACGGUUCCCGCGGGAUUUGUGAUAAACUAACUUUCACGCGAACGAAGUCGCGGGCGUCCGCUAGUUUAUAUAAACGAAAAUUUCUUCUUGCUAUUUGUAGUAUAAUUGUGUAGAAAUGCCCUUCCUUAUAUACUCUUAUCCAGAUUCAAAGAAUCCAAAGUAUGGAGAUUUAAUUUAAAAAAUGUUUAUUUUGUGUUUAAGCAAUUUCUUACAAUAUGAUGAAGGGGACUGCAAAACUGUUAAACAAUUGCCAUAGUCUCAAUACAAUUGUGAUUCGAAGUUGGUGUCCGGUUACUACCGUUUCAAAUAAUAUAAAUGUCUUAAGCAGAAGAGAUGCUCACUCUACGAUUGACACUAGAGACUAUUUCCAUGAACCUAAUAAUAAUAAAGUACUCGAUACGUUUUGGGAUCCCAAAGGCACAUUUAGAGUACUUCAUUUGUGGAACUAUUUACGAUUACCUUUUAUAAGAGAUGGUCUUGUACACGUAGCGCCUGGUGAAAAGUUCUCUACUUGUCUGAAAGGAAAGAAAAUCCUUGAAGUAGGUUGUGGAGGAGGGAUCCUCUCAGAAGGUCUGGCUAAGUAUGGUGCCAAUGUUACUGGAAUAGACACAUGCGAAAAAGUGCUUGAAAUUGCCAUUGACCAUAGCUCUAAAAACAAACGCUUGGCCAAUAAUAAACCUACUUACAUAUUAUCUGCCAUAGAGGAUCACUGUAUUUCUUACCCUAAUACGUACGACGCAAUCGUGGUGUCCGAGGUCAUAGAGCACGUUGCUCAAAAGGAACUGUUCGUAGAAUGCUGUGUACGCGCCACAAAACCGGGUGGAAAACUAUUCUUUACGACGCCCAGUAGAACGCGUUUCGCACAGUUUUAUAUGAUAUUUCUCUUUGAGAAAAUUUUGAAAUGUUAUGCUAAAAAUGGUCAUCAAUAUGACACAUUUAUGACACCAAGCGAACUGAAAUUCAUGCUAGAAACGAAUGACUGCCAUGUGGAGGAUAUAAAGGGUUACAUUUACUACCCGCUCGCUGACCAAUGGGCUUGGACUAAUCAUAAACUGUUCAGUUUUGCUAUGAAGGCUGUAAAAUUACCCAGUAAAAACGAGAAUGAUAAUCCCAUUAUUGCUGAUAACUCGUAUUGAUAUAGCAACAAAUUAUUAUCUUAUACAUAGGUACUGGAAUAUUUAAAUAUUUUUUUAAUUAUAGUUAAAUAAAUUAUUAGAUAUUAUUUGUAUUUUAGUUUAGUUACCCUUCCCUAUCUUAUUUUUUUUGAUUUUACAGGCAAUUUACAUUUCAACUGUUGUUGAUUAAAAAUACUGCAUGUCUAUAGUUCGGACUACUUUAGUAUUUUAGUCGAGUACGAACAAUUUUUGGAUUUACCACCCAAAUAUUAGAUUGUAUUAUUAUAAUAAAAGUGUGACUAGUAUAAUUAUUGUGCUACUAGCUGACGCCGCGCGGGUUCACCCACGUGGUUUCAGUUCCCAUAGCAAUACGGGAAUGAAUUUUUCAAAUCGGACCAAUAGUUCCUGAGAUUAGCGCGUUCAAACAAACAAAGUCAUGAGCUUUAUAAUAUUAGUAAAGAUAUAAUGUAAGAUAUAUGAUAUUGCUUGAAAUACUCGUAAAUAAAUAUAUAAAUAUUUUGUUCUUACCAUAGGUUUACGAGUCAGGACAGAGCAUCUAUGGUUCUUACAAUUACUAAUUAUUGAUACUUUAGCCACAGAAUAGUAGGUACAUCAGUCGAGAUAUCGCAUUAUAAACGACAUUUAAAAUUCUAUACGUUACUUCACGCUCCGUCUCGGCAGAUGUGUUCAAUUACAAACGUUGAGAAUUGAGAUGCAGCUGCAAAUGUGAUAAUUGAGAUGGCACGCGUUCUACCUGCUCUGGGUAGUUAUGGCUCGUCACAGACCCAUACCAACAACAAGGUAAAUACGACUUGAAUAACUUACAACAGUUAGUUGGUAAUUGUGUAUAUCUGUCACUUUUUUUUAAUGGUCUUAGAUUGAUCAUUAUCGUUCUACUAGAUCAAUGGUACUCAACCUUUUUCACCAGAAGGCUACAAACACCUGUUAGACAUGGUGUCGUGGGCCACAAAAAAUAAUAAGUUCUGGUUUUCGCAAUAGUUUUUAAAUCUAUACUUAAUAUUAUAAAGCUGAAUAGUUUGUUUGUUAGUUUGUUUGAACGCGCUAAUCUCAGGAACUACUGGUCCGAUUUGAAAAAUACUUUCAGUGAUAGAUAGCCUAUUUAUGGAGGAAGGCUAUAGGCUAUAUUACAUUUUAAAAAAAAAUAGGGAUCCUUCUUGAAACUCCAAUAAUGUAACCCAAGGUGUACAAAAUUGUUGCUUAAAUGGCGUGCGCUGCAAAAACUAUUGUUAGAAUAACAUAAUGUACUACAACUUUGCAGAACACGUCAUUUUCUACAAAAAAUGUCGCGACAGCAUAUAUCUAUCUUCUAUAUUUUUAGCAGAUAUAGUACUUUUUGUACUUUAUUAAUAUUUGAAUUAUAAACUAAGGUUUACGUCAUUAUUUACACAACUAAACUUAAAUCCUUAUCAAAAUGAAUUACUUAAUAAUCAAGAGGAUAUUAUAGAGAUAAGAUUUGCCUUUUACAAUACGUUAAUUAGUCUUAUAGUUUAGAAUUCAUUCAUUUCAUUUCAUCAGCUAAUUUUAAUAUACAGCUGGAAAAUCUACAUGAAUACGUUGUUUGAAAUCUGUAAAUAGUGUAAAAUACGGGUAUUAUUCAUGUUUGGUGUCUUUCCAAAAGUCUAACAUACCGCGGUUAUGAACACACCUCUCUCGAGUUAUGAACUGCGCCAGCUGCUUUCUGAAUGAACAUUCAAGAGAUAUGUACAAAAAAGAAGCUUUUUUUGUACAUCAUUUACGUUUUAAAACCGGAUCCCAAUUUUAUGAAUAGGCUCGAUCCGCGCGUGUUUCUGAACGCAAAUUAUUAUAUCGCUCUUUAAGUGGAACGGUAGACCUUAGCACGAAAUCGGAACUGUCGUAAGCGUCGCAGUCGAUCGUUCUUAUCGAAAGUCUGUUUUGAGUCUAGUGUUACUUUAGUUUUAAUGAUUUUAAUUAUUUCUAAACCAAGAUAAAUCAAAUAAAGGCCUCUUAUUUUAGAACACGGAUUUUUAAAUUAAUUCACAUUACUAUAAAAUCUCGCCUGAUGCCGGAACGGAUAUAACUCGUCUGGUAGAACACGUUUAGUCUAGAAUGCAUAUUCACUCUUUUACUUAUGUUUAAGUCAUCCGUUCAAAUUAAACAAGGAACGUAAGUCUACCAUCUCCCAGACUUUAGCCAAUUUAUGUAAAAAAUAUAAAAUUCUAAAUUGAUGUAGGCAGAGAUUCGAGCUCAGCACUUAUCGGCUAUCGGUAAAUCCUAAUCGCGGUAGAGUUCUUUAAAACUGUUACACGCCUACAACUUAACACAAAAGGGAAUGCCCAUCCCCGCCCCAGGCCUAUCCUAACCACCCAGCAAUUUACUUAGAUCUAAAAAAUCUUGAUAAUUUUACUUUAAUAAUGAAAUCAUUUCUUUAUCAAAAAAAGUUUGCUACUAAGUUUUACGACAUUUUUAAUUCAUCAUAAAUUUGUACACAACGGGGGCAAGGCAAUAUCGUUGACAAUACAAUCUGAGUAUUACGAUAUUAUUUGAAGACUUAAGAUUGGUUUGUAUGUUCGUUUUCUUGUUUGUUUUAAGCUUGUUGGCAACAGAAAAAAAUUAUACAGCUUCAAAUGUUACUUCGCCAUUUUGGUAUACCGGCGAACAUUUUUAUUAAGCCAAUUAUUUAAUAAUCGAGAUCCAACCGAUAUGUUCUAUAGAAUUUCGUACUGUAAGUGUACGCACUCGUGCUAAACACUCUUGUGUCGUUUAAGAUGUCACAUUAUUAUAUCCUUAUCAGAGUAACUGGAAGCUUUCGAGUUUUUUGUACACUACGUGGCGAUUGACCAGUAGUUUCCGGUCUAACGGCAAUAUUGGCAAACAUAUGUUCGGUAUCUUCUUCACACUUCUGUGACGAUUUUUUUCAAAAUGAAACUGCACUUGUACUUUUAAUUGAGAUUUUAGUAGGGUGUUGUGACAUCUUGACUUAAACUAUACUACUAAAAUAAAUUGAAAUCACAACCUACAAAAAUCUAUUACAUAUUAAUUUAUAUUAUCAUAAAUAUUUAUUGCAAUAGUGUCCUCAAAAUACCUUAAUUGAAUUCAUAUUCUCUCAUAGGUGUUAAUUGCUUAAAAAGCAGUUAUCUUCUUCUUUCUUGCUUCUCCGCGCCUCUAGGGAAUUUCUUGCGCUCAUGUGAUAUUGUCUAAUUUAAAUUCAAUCAAUACCCUGCAAACUGAAUUAUGUAUUAUCAACACAAGGAAGAGAGCAUUCAAUGCUAGUAUUAAUUCCCGAUAGUAUUAUGGUCUUAAAAAGAAGAUUCUCCUGUCGACCUAUACAGGAUUGUAUAAUUGGUGAAAACAUUUUGCAUAAUUUUAAUUAAAUUAAAAAUCAUUCAAACAAGUCGUUAAAAAGCUGAAACCUGUAAGUGGCACAAGUAUGCUUCUUUGACUGAGAAUUACAUAUUUGUACCUUUUGCCGUGAAAACCCUUAGGCCGUGGAGUCGAAGUACCCAAAAAAUCUCCGAGCCAUUAAACCGCGGCUAGUUGCCUCGACUGGUGACAAGGGCUGGCUCAUUUUUUGCGCAAAGGAUCCUUGGCUGUCCAACGUGGAAAUGCUGCCAAUAUUCUUCCCACCA